CGUGGCAAUCGCAGGUCACCUGAACUCGACUGAAUAAGAAUGGCUACCGAUAGCGAGGUACAAGUCAGGUGGUCCUCGCCUUCUCAGGGUCAUUUGUCUAUUCGGCCUAAUGAUUCUGCAAAGUUUCCCUGGAAAUCUAUCAGCGGUUUGUACGUUCCCAUCUAUGUGUACGGAAAUGGGGGAUACGUGGGGGGCGCGUGCGCAAGAGUUUUGUCGGCGUUUUCGCCGCGUUUCGCAAAGAGCAUUGAGGGCAGCUAUCUUUACGUGGACGCCUCAAACGAAACCGUCACGCACCUGUUGAACUACAUGACUUACGAUACCUUGCCUAAUGAGUGGUGCAAGCUACUCAACUUGCACGAAUUGGCACGAAGCAUUCAACAAACUGUAUUGGAAGAAAUCGUUGCACGUCAGCUAGUUAGUCAAUCUAACAUCUAUCAAAAAGUGGAGCUGAUUCGCUGUAAUUACGCGGUACCAGUGGGAGCGCUACGCCAGGAGAUUUUAAAGAAUCUUGCGUCAAUCUUCGGCACAGAUGACUUCAAAAAAUACAUACUAAGUCAAUACCUACUUACGGAAGGUAUGCUUCGCGACCUACUGGCACGGGACGAUCUGUGUGUCACAUCGGAGAAUGAUGUCGCCAGCACAGUCAAGCAAUGGGUGACUUCGAUGAAUCGACUGGGAUAUCCAUUAACAAUCAAUGAUUUUUCGGAACUAAUCCAGCGUCCACUGUUGUCGUCUGCUAACUCGUACUUGCCUGAGCGGCGCUCCAAUAGCUGUAUUGAACAGCCAUUGAUCCACACACGUCGCCUAUUGGCACAUCAACACGUGCACUUUAUAGGAGUCUCAGAUGAACAGAGACCACAUGUAAAUGUCGCCGUUACAUCUGCUCAUUUUUCAAGCUCAUCUGUUAUUACAGAUGCCAAUAGCACCGCCAAUACUGGAGAUACUCGGGUGGAUGAAGACGCUCCUUGUAUGAACAACGACUCCAAGGUGCGUUUCAGGUUAUACUGCGCUAUGACGAAUGGAAUUGCCGAAAUAGCAAAAAGUCAAAUAAUAGAAUUCAAAACACUCUAUCGACAGCGGACUAUCCUUAAUUCUUAUAACAAGAUCGUAUAUCACGAUAACUGCGUUCGGUACGAAUGGGUCAAACGAAACAGUUUAAAUCAAAAUAUCCAAAACCUGAUGCAAACGGACAAAAAUUUAACACUUAAAAUUAAAGAAGGGGUCGAGAGACGUGGCCCCACGAUGUUCCUAAAGUAUCAGGGAUGUCUGCUUCAGAUGUUUCGCUCUCACCAAAAUAACGCUCAGCUUCAUACAAACGUCCUAUGGAAGCCCACCAGCAAUAAAACGUUUCUGGCGGACAUUUGCGUCUGCGAAAAAGGAUUAGUAGCGUUGUUUUGUACGGUUACCGAAUACGGCGAGGCCAUUUACACAUACAAGCAUUUUCCAAAGGGCAAGCUUCCCACCCCGGUCUACACAAUCGCCGGGAUCAACUCGUGGAAUCCUAUUCUGGUAGCCAGCCCUGUAGUACCCUCUUCAUUCUUCGUGCUGUGCCCUAGUGGUGGAAACAGCCCCACUACGGCAGUGGCCGUAUCGUUACUGCAUAAUUGGCCCAUGCCUGGACUCGUACCUUUGGAGCCUGAGGAGGCUGAUAUAAGGUACGACGAUUAUAUCGCCGAAGACCUCGAAGGUUUGUUCCAGAUGUUCGCAAGCAGAGAAAACGCCGCCAUGACGGAGGCUUUUAGUUCGAAUUCAGCCGAAAGAAAAAAAUAUAUACAGCAAUUCAGGGUAGUAUGUCACGAAACUCAAGUUAAUGAUAACUUCAAUGGACUCGCGGUAACAUCGCGCGAUGGCAAGUAUAUAUUCUUCGAUCUGAUAGCGCCAAACAGGUGGCAGUUGAUCGGUUUUGUUCCGCACCAAUUUUUUCUACAAGGUGCGAACUCACAAAAGCAGAGGCAUUCAGAUUGCUCAGGGAUAAAUGUAUUGUUUAAUAAGCGUGAUCAGCCAUUAAUUUGCACAAUACCGUAGCGAAUUUUGGGACUCGACUUAGCAUUCGACCAGCCUAGAACCUGAGCCGCAUGGGCUAACUUUUUUUAGGGCUCCGAACGAUCAGCAUUUAGAACCGAAAAACCAGUUAUGCAUGGAAGAGAAAAAGAGUCAAUAACACGUUGAUUCUUCUAACCUAGCUGUCCAAUCAAAUACUCAUUUACGAAUUGAACGAGGGAGACGAUUAAAACUAACUUAAGGGCGUUCUUAAUAGUUGUGGACGGUCAUCAGUCGAGUUUAUCUACAUUUAAAGAUAUCCAUUACGUGGCUUGCAUGUCUAAUUGUGUUGUUAUUAAAUAAUUUUAAUAUGCUGCCCAGACGUAAGCGUCUGUCGGCAGGGAUUAUCGGUUUCCUCCAUAGGAUCAAGCUUCCUUAUUUCGAAAUUGUUUUCCAAACAUUUCUGAAUCAAAUCAACACAUCGAAAAGAUGCUCACCGAAAAUGAUCAUCAUUUGACAUUUUGUAACACACUUAUAUCGUAUUGUAAUUGUACAUUUGUAGACUAUGGAGAAAAAGGGACACACGUAAGGAAGAAAAUCUUCCGAACGUAAAAACCAAUUCGCUAACUAAUUUGAAAUUGUAUUCAGUUAACAGUAAAUAAACAUGGCUACAUGA